AUGGACACCACGAGCACAGAAGCAACCUCUUCGGUCCCCCAACCGGAGAGCCAAGACCCCGCGCUCCGCCCCGCCCCCAAAGACGAACGUGGCGCCAGACGCAAGAGCUGUGCGGAAUGCGUCAGCCAAGGGACAGAGGGGUCUUCCCCCGCCAUCCACCGGCCAAGCGCGUUACCGCCGCCCCGUCGAUGUGAUCUCGGCCAAGCCGGCAAGCCCGAAGCAGCCUCUCCAGCCUGCCGACGGUUCAUCGACGUCGAGAUCUCCUGCAAACAUUCGAUCACUGACAGGGCCUUUGGCACCGGGCGCGGCGCGGCGCCACCCUCUCUUCAAGGAGCCGCCACGCAGAAGAGCGGGCGACGGACGUACGACCUCGGCCCUCUCGCAGGCCACCACCCGGAGCUCGGCGCGCAGCGACAGCAGCGCAAGCCGACGCUCCUUUUGAGACGAACGUUGAAGAUUGUAGAGCGUAACGAGAAGGAGGCCGAGAACCUUGAGCUACAAAUAUUCCUCUCCCUCAUGCGAGGAGCAUGCUGGUCUGAGGGCCAGCGGUCUUUCUGUUCUAACCUCACCAAUGAGCGAGAGAAACCACUGGACGAGAGGUCAGUGUUUGAGCCCGGGAAGCUCCACGCCGUGGUCUCCACAUCCGAAUUGCAGAAGAGCCAACCUCGCCAAGACGUCGUCCUUCAAGUAGCGAGCGCUGCCUUCUCGCCCACGAACGCUCGUCCUGUCGACUCUGCCAACCUCAACCCCAAUCUGAUCGACCUGGAGACCUCAACUCAGUCUGCCGCCUCUUACCUGCCGGACGCUUGGCACCUCAAGCAGCUCGAGAUCAAAGUGGCGAGGUUUGAGAAGGAGUCGCGCAACAAGGUUAUACCGAUCGAACGUCUUGAAGCGAGACUGGCUCAUUAG